UCCCGAGCUGUCAAGUGACGUUGUUAUAAUCAUCGUUUUACUCGAUGCGAGAAAAUGCAUCGGUGCCUCGGAGAGGUUGUUAAAUUCCACGAUAGAUACACCGCUAAUUUAAUAAAAGCCAACUUUGACUGUAAUUGUAAUGUUUUAACAACAUGGAGGUAAUCGAGACAAUUGUUAUACAAAGUAGUGAAGUGGAAGGAAAGGAAACGGUCGUGUCCAGUGUGGACACCGAUAAAACCAAAGCAGAAUUUAUAUGGACUCUGCAGGCUACAUGGCACCUUGUCAACACUCGACUUGAAAUGGACCAGGCUUUUGACCAGCCAGUAUGCAAGAAAAAGAAACUUUGGGAGAUGGUGGCGGAGAAAGUGAAUGCCAAACUGAGGGAGUCAGAGGUCACUGAUGUCACCGUGAAGGCCUACGAGUGUGACCUCAAGUGGAGAAACAUGCUGGCCACCUACAGGAAGAAUGCUGAGAGGGCCAAGAGGCUUGGGGCGGCCAGCGUCCACUGGGAGUUCUUCAAGGCCAUGCACGAGGUUCUGGGUAAGAGCAGGGAGGAGAUCGAAGCCCAGCGGAGGGCCAAGCUCAGUGGGACGAGAGUGGGCAAGGCCAUAGCCAACAAGAGGUUUACCCCUAUUCUCCCUACACCUCCUGCAACGGCUGCUCCCUGCUCUGCCCGGCCUCCACAGGACGUCCUACAGCUGUACAUGGAGCUGCAAGAGAGGAAGAUGAACAUGUGGGCCCAGCAGAAAGCCCUGGAGGAGAGGAAGAUAGAGGCCAUUAACAACCUGGCCCAGGCCAUCUCCAGCCUGGCUCAGAAGAACAGCACAGAGAUGUUAAAGGAUGGACAUUAGGCUAGAAGAGACGGGAAGUGGAUCUGAACUUCCCCGUGUGGUGUUUGCUCUUACCAAAAACUUUUAUGAUACUGCACGAGGAAAACUCUUCGAGUGUGUUUUCAGUAUGCACAUUUGUACUGUUACAGUUUUAAGAAUAGUUUGGCCAGUCUGUAUUCUGUAGCGCUGAACAGCAGAAAGAGAGAAUUUCAGAAUGAAUGAAAAUACAGCAGUUCAGGAAACGGGACAUAUAUACGAGACACAGACUGACAUAUCAUACCCUGGGCAACUCUUGUUUGUACUGCAAGCAGAUUACAUGUCCUUUUCUGCUGAUGUCCCUUUGGGUGUAAUCAUCACUUAUUUUUAUACCAUAAGAGAGGAGUGAAUUAUGGUUGGCUGAUGUUGGAGAGUAAGAAAAACAAAAAUAUUACUCACAAAUAAGAUUAAUGCAGGCAUUCCUAUCAUCACUACACCAGUUAUAUUGAUAUCAUAUGUCAACAACCUAUGCAAGAGUACAAGAUGAUAUUUUUCAUGUGGGCCCCAUUAACCGAUAAAAUGAAGUAUUCAUGAACAAGCUAACAGAAAUGAUCAAUGAUUAUUGUCAUUGCUCAAGAGAAGUCACAUUUUUCAGUGAAAACAAUACACAUAUUUAUACUGAUAAUUAUUAUUCUUAAGCAGUUUCACUAACAGUAUUCAUAGACACACUUGUACUCUUAAUGUAUUAAUAAUAUGCACUAUGUUAUCAGACAGUAUGAACAACUUCACCAUGUAAUGUGUUCCAAUAAACAGUCCUGCAAUAAAUACUACCUUUGUGAA